GACAGAAGGUAUAGAGAGAAAGAGGAGGAAAAUUUUUGGUGAAGAAACGGGCGAUUCUUUGAAUUCUCUUCCUCUUCUGCAUUUAAAUUUUAAUCUAACAUCGAUCAUUUCUGUGUUACUUGGUCAAGAAAUCAAGGGUUUCAUCGCAGAAGUUCUUCAGGAGUAAGUUUUGGCCAUCUGAAUCAUCUGAUCUGAUCAUAUAUAUGAGAAUGAAACUUUUCUGGCUUAUGGUUUUCUUCUUCAUAUUCCUGUGCCAUUUGGCGACGGCGGAGGAGGAGGCUAAAAAGGUGCAACUGCCGGAGAAAGUGGAGGCGACAGUUCCACUUCCUACCAUGUCCCCUCCGGAGGGUAACACCACGUUUCUGGACGGCACAACAUGGUGUGUCGCCCAAUCAACAGUGUCCCAAGCAGACCUACAGAAUGCCCUUGAUUGGGCAUGUGGGCUUGGGAUGACUGAUUGCAGCCCUAUUCAGAAUAACGGGCCCUGUUUCGAGCCAGAUACUCUAGUCUCACACGCCUCGUAUGCGUUUAAUAAUUAUUAUCAACAGAAUGGAAACUCCGAAAUUGCUUGCAAUUUUGGAGGAACUGCCGUUUUAACAAGAAGGAAUCCUAGUUAUGGGAAAUGCCAAUAUGUAAUGUCCGGGCCUCCAAAAUCUUCUGGUCACACGAUGCAACCAUCGGCAUGGGUAUGGUCAAGAUUUAUCCUCGGAUUAUUGUUGUUGUUUGUAUGCACUAAGAGAUGAUUCAACAACUAAAAGUCGAAUUAAGGAGACAUUGAUCGAUAAAGUGAAGGAUUAAUUAAUUAGAGAUGGUUUAAAUUUUGGGUUAUUUUUUUCUUCUAAUUUCUAUAUAUAUAUACCUUGCUUUGUUUAUGGAUUAAGAAUCUCGAUCUAUUAAUGUUCCUUACUUCCAUUGUCUUUCCAUAACAAAGGAACACUUUUGUUAUAAGAAUAAUGUUCUGCUGGUGA